AUGAUGAUCUAUGAGAGACCCGUUCAUGAUGCCGUCCUGCCCGGGCCAGGUUCGCCUCCGGGCAUGACGGCCUCCAAAUCCUCGAAAUCCUCCUCCCUCAGCUCCAUUGCCUCGGACGACUGCAGUGUGCUUGCCGAUGUUAGUCACUUUGAAGAAAUUGGGCUCGAUGACGGCCAAAUCGAUCCUCGACGGUUAUCCGACCCCAAGGGCAUUACAAAUCCCUACGAUUCGCGAUCCGUUACGAAGCGGCCCAUGUCGGCUUCUACGCCACGACUCCAGAGCUCUCGCGAAUCCUCCAGGACACGCUCAAAGCGGGAUUCCGCCUCUUCGGUCAAAUCGCGCCCCAGUAUCGCUCCACUGCAGAGCUCCAGCCUGCGAGCUGUCAAUGGCCGCGUGAACAGCCUUGGGCCUUUGCCGGAACCGCAAACCAGCCCAAUGCCAAUGCGCAACCUCGCUCUGCGUCCUGCUUUGAGCUUGACUGCGCGGCUCAGAAGCCCCAGUCCAGGUGGGCUCACACUCGCCCCCCGAGACACCAACCUUGCUCCGAAGCCACGACGAAGCAGCUGGCAGUCCAACCGAGAGCGCAAGUCGGCCAUGGAACUCGAGCUGGAGUGCGAUGAGGAUGACGGAGACGACAUUCCCGACGGCCUUGUUCUGGACAACGUUCCCCUUUCGCCCAGGCCGCCCAGUGAGCGCACCAAGAGCCAGCCCUCAUCAAAAACGCCAUCCCCAGAGCGAACUCCCAAGGAGAGAGUGCGCAGUUUCGGAAAUGGUACACCUCCGGUUGCCGUGGCCCAAGGCUGCCUCCGAUCCCCCAUGUGGAAAUCCGAAUCUGCCCUCUCCACGCUCAGUUCCGCCGCCUCCAGCAGGGUGACGAGCCCUGUGGCAACGAGAUCCAAGAGCUGGAACUCGGUUCUGAACGACCUGAACCCCGACGCCAAGGCCCUCACAGAGAAGCUUGAGGAGCAUGCCGAGGAUUUGGAGCACAGAGCUCAACGGUCUAGCACAGGCUCGAUGCCUACCCCCAGAAGGCUUUCCGAGACGGAUGCGAAGCCCAGAGUCAAGUCCGCAUUUGCCGAACUGCCCCCUCUCCGCAAAUCCAACAUCAUGAUUGAUCCAUUACCCAUUUCCAAAGAAAAAGAGGCCGUCUUGUCCCGCACCCGCCCAUCUUGGCUUCCCCCCAAGGAUCCUGCCGAGGAGCGCAGGCACCUGAAGGAGUACCAGAAGAUGAUGGCCCAAAGCCACGAGGCCGAGAGGCGUCGGGAAGAUGCGAAGCGUGUUCGCUCAGAGUGCCGUGAUAUCGCAGCAAACAGCAUGAUGGCGAUUUGGGAACGUGAUAUUUUGCCCCGGUGGAACGAGGCUGUUCGCGAGCGCAGGACGAGGGAUAUGUGGUGGCGAGGAAUCGCACCACGGAGUCGAGGAGCCGUAUGGACCAGGGCGAUUGGCAAUGAUUUGGGCCUGACCAAGACAUCUUUUGACGCUGCAUUGAGCCGUGCCCGUGACGCCGAAGCAAAGACAAAGUCUGGACAUGCCAGCAUGGAAGAUGCCCGUGCUGUUGGCUGGUUUGACUUGAUCAGAAGGGACGUCCAGGACCGAAUAUGGCCAGACCUUCGCAUCUUCCAGCCUGGAGGCCCGCUCAACCAGAGCUUGGUCGAUGUGUUGAAGGCUUAUUCCAUGUACCGCAGUGACAUUGGCUACGUGUCUGGGUGUAACACCAUCGCAGCACUUUUGCUUCUCAACCUCCCAACCCCAGUUGAUGCCUUCAUUGCACUUGCCAACGUCCUUAAUCGGGGCCUGCCACUCAGCUUUUAUGCAUCUGACGCCGGGGCCAAGUCGUCUGCCUACAACCUGUUGCUGCAGACUCUGGCCCAGAAGGCACCCAACCUCUACGACCAUCUGACGAACCUCCCUGACCACGGCCCGGAUGCCUACCUUUCCGAAAUCUUCACCUCCCUUUUCACCCGCCAGCUCGCCUUGGACGAGGCCACUCGGCUAUGGGAUGUUUAUGUCUUUGAAGGCGAUGCCAUCAUGAUCCGUGCCGGCGUGGCUUAUCUCCUCAGAAAUGAGAUGACGCUCCUCAGUGCUAAGAACAUGGCGGACGUCCAGGCCACGCUGAACCUUUCAUCAGAACAAAAGGCACCUCGUGUUGUUGGCGGCAACGGUGAAGAGGAGAGGUGGAUGCGGGCCGUCAGGGAUGCUGGCAAAACCUGA